AGAUCCUCCCUCAUCACAUUUUGGGAAGUCUCCAGGAGUUAAAGAUGGAGGCCUUGGCCAGAAGAAACACUCAGCUAGCAGAUGCUAUUAAGAUUCCUCAUCCAGAUGUUACUGCAGCAGCUUUAAAAGAGGAACAUGGAGGAGAGAAGAAAGAAAAGGCACAUCAGGCCAAACUAGCAGAGCACAAAGCUUUCCAGAACUGGAACCAUCAUAUGGCAAUGAGGAAAAAGCAGGAGAAACACCUAGGAGAAAUUCUUCACAAGCCAGAGAAUGAAUUGCUGAUGAACAUGUCAGACAAUUACAGGCAAAUUCAGGAAGAACGUGACCUCAUUGACCGGAGUCUCCCUGCCCUAUUUCCUGGAAAGGGAUACCGAGUAGGAAGUGAGUUCUGGAGCCUUCCUGAGCAAAUUGGGGAUGAGCUCACCGGGCUGACUCUGACCCUGACUCGGACAGAAUGUGGGCACCCAGAGCCAUUCACUCAUGUGGGGAAACCUCGAACUGUUCAGAGGGAAACAGGUCUGAAGCCUCCAAAGAAGAUUCCUUGCCACCUAAACUGGGAUAAGAGUCUUUUCCUGAAACAUCGACGGCAGGAGCUAAAAUCUCUCCUAGAGGAGCUGGGCUUUUUUAAGCCGGAUCUGGAAGGACUGGAGGUGAUUGGGAAAGGGCAGCCUUUCACAUCUGUCUCAGCUGAGGCUUUUCGAGAUACCACCAUUUCUGAAGAGAUUGAGACCCUUGACCCCUUAGGUGACUCCUUCAUUGUGGUUCCAGAAGUUGAAAAGGUUCCAUCUUUAGUUUUCUGUGGCCAGCCUGCUCGUUGGAUCAAGGGCGUCACUGCUUGCAGGAAGGAAAUUGGCAUUGCUGCCCGGCUCACCUUUGAGACUCUGGCUAGUGAGAAGGCUGAAAGCUUCCUGACAGUGACCAAUGAUGGCAGAGCUGCCAUUUGGUACAACUGGAUGAGGCUCCCCCAGCAGAUCCCCUCCAGAGGAACCAAGGGGAGGAGGAUGCCCUAUUUUUACUUUGAUACCAGACCAGGUGUAAUUUUGCCUGGAGAAACUCGGAGGUUUUCCUUUAUUUUCAAGUCAGAGAGAGCAGGGAUUUUCAGUGAGCCCUGGGAAUUUAGGACACAUCCUGUGUUAUUAGGAGGAGCUCUGCUUCAGGUGACCCUUUGGGGAAUUGCUGUGUAUGAGGAUAAAUUGGCUGACUUCAGAGAGAAACUGGAGAGUGAGCUGGCUGCUCGAGAAGGUGCUGCUAUAGUGAAAGACAGCCUGAAUGAACUUCUUGACCAAAUUCGGACACCCGAGCGCACCCCAUCUCCUGUGGAUGCCUGUGUCACAGAGGAAGAGCUGUUCCACAGGAAAAAUCCCCAGUUGCAUUAUCAGCAUCAAGUGAUAAAGCAGCUGCAUAAACUAUGGAGACAGCACCUGGCUGUUCCUUCAGGCUUGGAGAAGGAAGUGCCCUUGGACCAGAGGAGAGCUGCAGAGGACGUGGAGUACCAAGAGAGCACCUCAGAGCCUCCCUCUGCCCAGAGCAGCACCACUGAGCUCACACGUGGGAAGUACACAUCAGAGGAGGCUCCAAGGGAAAAGAGCAUUGAGGAGGAUGAAGCAGGUCCUUCAGGAUGGAACCUUUCCCUCGAGGACUUUAAACAGGUGGCUAUAAUGUCAAUCCCCGAGGAGGAGCAGCGGGAAGAAGCACUGACCCAGCUCAAUAAGGCAGCUCUGGAGCUGUGUGUUGAACAGAGGCCAACUCAGUCAGACCUUCUGUAUCCACUCUGCCUCCAGCUGUGGCGUGGAGCAAUUGAUGACCUGGUGAGUCACUCUCUGAGGCUGAGAUCCCUGCUUGGUUUGAUUAAGAAGGACACCUAUGUAGAAGCUGUUCCAGAGGAAACAGAGGAAGUAAAGCAAGGAGGAGCAAAUAAAGGAGGAAAGGAAGACAAAAUAAUUACUAAGAAAGAAGAGAAAAAGGAUAAAGAAGGCAAGAAAAGCAGAGGGACAUCAGGGAAAGAGAAAGCGGUAGGUGUUGGGAUGCUUGGUGAGCCCUGAGUGCUGGGGACAGCAUGAUCCAUCCUGAGUUUGAGCUGAUUUCCAACCCAGUGAAAGAUGUGCUGCUGCUGGGAGAUGCAUCUUGAGCAGUGUCCUGACCUAGGUCCCUUUUUCUCUUGGUCUGUCCCUGAUUAGGAUCAUUCAGGCAGCAGAAAGCUGAAAGCAAAAGAUGAGAAACAAGGAUCUUCCAUUUCAGUGCAGGACGUGAAAGGUGGGGCAGAGUCCAUCAAAGGAAGAGAUGAGAAGCAGACGGUGAAAGAGGGAGCUGAAAACACAGAUGGGGCAGAACCUGCUCAGGAGCAGGCAGACUCUAUUGCACUUGAAACAUACCAGGAAAAGCUCUAUAUUGAAGUGAGUCUGACCAAAGCUUGUAUCAUUGUCUUGGUUUUGUUCUUUUCUUGUAAGGCACACUCAGGCUCAGGGGGAGAGGCAGGAAUUUUGUUAAACUCAGAAAACUGGCA